AUGAGUAUUUGUAGUUAGGAGGAAAGGUAGUGUAUGGAUGAAAUUUGGGAAAUACUUUAUUAGUAGGAUUUGGAGUAAUAAAGAAUAUUUUUAUAUGGUUAUAUUUUGGAAUAGCCUUGCAUGCAGGUUUUGGAUGGUGAUAUUGGAUUGGAAUAUUAAAAUGAUGAAUAAGAAUAAUAUUAAUGUGAUGGUUAAGAGUUAAGUGAUCCUAUUGAAGGUGAUUAGAGUAGUUUGGUAAGUUUGGAAUAGUGA